GUGCCGGCGGCGCUGGCGGGGGGCGGGGGGGGCGCGGGGCUCCGGCCCCGCCUGAGCGCGGCCCCGCUGCGCGGAGGAUGAGCUGCGGCCGGCCCAAGGACAUGGAAGCCACCGCCGCUCACAUCAGCUUCUGCCGCAGCCUCCUGGAGCACACGGUUUCGGCCGAAAACCUCAGCUACCGCCUGCAGAGGAACCCGGGCAGCAGCCUCACCUGGCACGACGGCCGGAGCCAGCGGGCCGACGGCGGCAGGACCGUCAAGCUCCUGCGGCAGCCGGGCACCGAGGGCUCGCAGGGCCGUGCCUGUGACCACUAUGGCAUCUACCAUACCAGCCCCACGCUGGGCAGCCUGGCCAAGCCAGUGGUGCUCUGGACCCAGCAGGAUGUGUGCAAAUGGCUGAAGAAGCACUGCCCACAUAAUUAUCUCAUCUACGUCGAGGCAUUCUCCCACCACGCCAUCACAGGUCGGGCGCUGCUGCGGCUGAACGGGGAGAAGCUGCAGCGCAUGGGCAUCGCUCACGAGGCGCAGCGGCAGGAGGUCCUGCAGCAGGUCCUGCAGCUCCAGGUGCGCGAAGAGGUCCGAAACCUGCAGCUGCUCAGCCAAGCUUCUUUUGGAAAUGUCUCCUAGCUGAUCCGUCUGUUUGGCAGAUUGCACCAACACUGUGAACCGAGCACCUCUGGGAUGGGCUGUGCACCGCCGAUAUGAGACCUGAGCCGCACACUUGGAAUACGAAGAGACAGCUUCCCAGCCACUCCGAGGCUUCUCUCCUUCUUCUUCUCUCUCUUUCUUUUUUACGAAUGCAUUUCUGUGCAGAGAUGGGAGGUCUCCUCCAGCAGACGUGGCUCUUGGCUGGAGGAAAAUUAGCAAAACAGCCGCUGGGACAGACAAACUUUUGCCCACCUGAGCCUGAGGGUUCACAGGGAAAGAGAUGGAAAAAAGGAGAUGACGACAGGCAGGGCUCAGCACUGCGGACAAAUCGAGCGCGGUUAUUCCAGGGACGGCUCAGAGCCAUGCACAGGAAGGUGAAGCCUUAUGCACAUGGGCGACAUCCCAGCACCCGGCAGCUCGUGUCCAUACCUCGGAGCUUAUUUAGGGAACUUUAGUUUUCUCUUCAGACCGGGCUGUCUUCCAGCAUCCUAGGAGGUAACGUUACCAGUAGCAAAUAAGAUGACCCGACCAGCCAAAAAAAAAAAAAAAAAAAAAAAAAAUUAAAAGCCAAGCCACCAGCACCCGGCUCCACUUGGUGAGUUAAAAAGGGAGCUGAGUCAUCGGAGCUGGAAAAUCCGGGAGCAAAGGCAGGGUGGGUGUGCCAGGAGGGUGCCAUGCCAGGAGCUCGUCCUUCAUCCGUCCCCGUUUGCGGGCAGACGGGGCAGGCGGUGCAGGGGCCGGGAGGGAGCAGCCGGGGGUGCUGCCCGGGUGGUGCUGGGUGCUGCCCGGGGUGAGGCUGGGGGUUCCCGGCUGCCAGAUCCACCCGUCCACCCCAGCCCCGAUGCCCGGUCGUGCUCCCUCCCACGCCCUCCUCGCUCCCACCGGCUCUUUGCAGCGCUCUGCUCCUCCGGGCAUUUGCAAAUGCUCGUCCCAACCUCCUGCCCAGGGGAUGGUGACGGUGCCACAGAACUCCAGCACCGUCCUGGUGACCCAGCUCGUCAUUAAGGUGAAGCAACGCUUGUUGUUACAUCCCCCACCACCACCUGAACCCCCCCUGUCCAGAGCCACAGACCGCUCAUGCGGGCAGGUAAGGAACAACCGAGGAUUUAGGGACAGGGUGGACACUUGUCACCUCCCCACAUUCCCCCUCUGAUGAUGAGGGCAGGGCUGCAGAGUGUGUGUGUGGGGGGGAGGUGACCCAAAACAGCAGCACCCCGAAACCCCUUGGGCAUUGGAGCUGGCAGGGAUGUGGAGGCAGGUCAGGGUGGCCCCCCCAAGCCAGGCACCCACCCCCCACCCCCCUGCUCCUCUGCUGGUAAUAAAA